GUCCCGCGAACCCAGUAAUCCGAGAACUCAGCUUCAGCCCUUCCCACCAGGCACUUCCUUCCUUUUCCCCGAACGUCCAGGGAGGGAGGGCCGUGCGUUUAUAAACUCGCGCCCCAGCCACCAGGCAUGUCAGACGCUGCCGCGCAGGGGCUGCGCGCCGCGGCCACAAGCGUCCGAAUGGGACUGCGCGCAGCGACGGCCCCGGCCCCGACGCAGCGCUCGCGCCUUCCCUGGAGCCCGCACCCGGUGCGCCCCGGCGGCAUGCUCCGCGUCUUCCUGGCGCUGGGCGCACUGGCCCCGGCCGGCCGGGCGCUCCCGACGCACGCAGAGCUGCCUCAACCUGUUGGCAGCCAGUGUGUGGAGCACGACUGUUUCGCCCUUUUCCGAGGCCCCGCCACCUUUCUCGCCGCCAGCCAAACUUGCGAACGCCGGCGCGGCCACCUGAUGACCGUGCGCUCCUCAGUGGCUGGGGAUGUCAUCUCCUUGCUGCUCAGCGGCGACAGCACAAGCCUGUGGAUCGGCCUGAAGCUUCCUCCCGGCUGCAGCGACCCUGCGCAUCUCGGGCCCCUGCGCGGUUUUCAGUGGGUGACCGGCGACAACCGCACCAGCUACAGCAGGUGGGCCCGGCUCGACGGCGGCGGCGGGGUGCCCCUGUGUGGCCCACUGUGUGUCACGGUCUCCGCCGCCGCCGCCGGAGUCGCCGCACCCGGCGAGCCGGCGUGGGAGGAGCAGCCGUGUGACGCCGAGGCCGACGGCUUCCUCUGCGAGUUCAACUUCGCGGCCUCCUGCAGGCCCCUGGCGGUGCAGGCCGGCGUCGCCGCGGACGCGCACGUCUCCAGUACCUACGAUACACCGUUUGGCGGCCAAGGCGCCGACUUCCAGGCGCUGCCUGUGGGCAGCUCGGCCAUCGUGUCGCCCCUGGACUUGGAGCUAACGUGCGCUGCGCCUCCCGGAGCCGCCGAAGGGAGCUGGGACAGGGAAGCCCCUGGCGCCUGGGACUGCAGCGUGGAAAACGGUGGCUGCCAGUUCGUGUGCAACGCGAGCGCGGGAGCUCCCCACUGCUUGUGCCCUAUGGACACCGUCAUGCAGGCUGACGGGCGCUCGUGCGCAGCGACGGCGUUGGCGGUGACCACGGUGACACCACCAUGUGAAGCCCUGUGCCAGCAUUUCUGCGUUCCCACCCCUCACGCGCCCUUCUACUCCUGCAUUUGCGAUACUGGCUACCGGCUGGCAGCAGAUGGGCACCACUGCGAGGACAUCGACGACUGUGCGCAGGAGCCCAACCCGUGUCAGCAGCGCUGCAUCAACACUAAAGGCGGGUUUGAAUGUCACUGCGACCCGGGCUUCGAGCUGGUGGACGGCGUGUGCGUGAAGGACCCGUGCCUCGCCGCCGACUGCGAGUAUCAGUGCCAGCAGGUGGGCGCCAGCGACUACCGUUGCAUCUGCUCUGAUGGUUUCAUGCCCGUCCCCAACGAGCCACACCGCUGUCAGAUGUUCUGCAACGAGACUGCUUGCCCUGCCAUCUGUGACACCAAGAAUGGGCACACUUGCAUGUGUCCCGAAGGAUUUAUUCUUGACGACGGGGACAUGUGCGCCGACAUCGACGAAUGCGCCAGCGACCAAUGCCAAGGCGAGUGCCGCAAUCUUCCCGGCAGCUACGAGUGCGUGUGUGGGCCCGACACGCCCCUGGCCGGCCAGGUCAGCACGGACUGCUAUCCGGAUCAGACGAGCAGCCGUGAGGUCGGCGGCGGUAGAUUCGGCAGCGAAUACGGCUCCGGAGAGCUGCCCGGCCCCACGCCUGGUGCCACCUUGACCGUGCCGCCUGCCAGGCCUGUGCACUCGGGCGUGGUCAUCGGGACCUCCAUCGCCAGCCUGUCUCUGGUGGUGGCGCUAUUGGCGCUCCUCUGCCACCUGCGCAAGAAGAAGGGCUCCAAGCGCAGUGAGCUGGAGUACAAGAGUGGCUCCCCGAGCAAGGAGGUGGUGCUGCAGCAGGUGCGGACAGAGAACACGCCGCAGAAACUGUGCUAAGGCGCGGACCGGACCGGGCAGCCCCAGACUCCUCGCACCUGUGCACCCACCAGUCCCCUCGCCCCUCUGGAACCCAGCCCCCACCUGGCUCCCUGGCUCCGUGGCUCCCGUCUCACUGGAGAGGGCCACCCUCCACCCAUGUGCCUUCCCCUGUCCCAGCCCGCAGGGUGUUUUGGCUGAUGGAGCUCACAGGUAGCGGGUUGGGGUCCCCAGGAGGGCGAGUGGCGACGUCUCUCGCGACGUCUCUGACCGCUGCUUGAACACACCGGAACUGCAGACUGCAGAGAGAGGGGGCGAUCCUAAACACCCCCCCCCCCUCAGGCGCAGCGGCGGGGCCAGCCUGGGCCGCAGCCUUCCAGACAAACUUGACCCUGCCGUGGGCUAGUGAGGACCAAGAUAUUUAUUUUGCUUUAGUCCCCCCUCCCUGUUCUAACUGUACGUCUCCAGUAGCUGCUCUGUGUCUCUUUCCCUCUCCCUCUUUUCUCCACAUCCCUGCCGUCUCUUUUCCUUUUUCCUCCCCUUCUCUCUCAGUCUCUACUUGUGUCUAACUCCGACUUCUUGCUCUUUUGGCCCUGAGCUGUCUGCCAGGCACAGCUCCUAUGGGAACCAGAAAAGGGGACCCAAAACACUACAGACAUUGCUGGGGACACUUGCCUUGUCUCCAGAUUUGAUAACUUUCUCCAAUCAAGCAAAACAACAAAGAGGAAAAUGUGAAGUGUUUGCUCAGUGACUGUGGCUGAAUUGUGCUAAAAAUUAAGCCCAAGCAGGUUCUUUUUUUUUUAAGCAGUCAGCUUGUAUUCUCUGACUCUUGUUGCUGUGAUUUGGACUGAAAACACAGUGAUGGGUGUAAGUUUUGUAUGCAGGUUCAUCUUAUCAUUGCUAUUAUUAGUUGUUUUUGGCAGUAUUCAAAUGGUUAGAUGCUUUCUCUAGAAUGAGCGUAGAGGGAGGCACCUCCCUGAAGACCGUUGUUUAAGAGCUGUGUGAUUGGUGUGGAUUAUUAUGGAUUAUCAUUGGUCUGUGUCUUACUGCUUCUUGUCACUUGUUGGCUAGAACAAAACCAGCAUGGUUGAUUUUGUGGGAUUUGGGAGCUUGAGAAUGGGGCGUGAUUAGCGCCUUUCCUUAAUGAGGCCCUUGGAGGAUUCCCUGCCACUUCAGAGGGGCCUCUCGGACCUGAUCAUUGCAGUGUGGUCCCUGUGCCAUUCGUGGGAGCCAGUGAGAAACACUGAGCCCAGGCUCUUCCCCUCAGCUCGCUGCUCAUCCGCAUUGUAACCGGAUUUGCAAGCAGAGCUGUCCGCCCCAGUCACCUGAAUUUCGAGAACGUGUGAAUAGGGGAACAGUCAUAAGUAGUAGGCCAAGUGGGGCCCUUGAAUCUAAAGAAACUGAGGAAUUUAUGUUGUAGAGCUUUGAUUUCCAGCAGAAACGACUUGGUACCGACGCGUGGAGGCGAGAAGGUGUGUGAUUCAGCUGUACUGGCAACAGAUGGAAACCAAGUGUAGUGUGAGCGCAUCUUGUGCGGGCAAGGUUGUCACUGCCGCGUUGUAGACUCAGCACAUGUGUACAUAUUUAUUUAUUGGAGUUAAAGCAGAACACAGGCAAAACCCUUGCUUACGAUGUCACUUGUACAAAAUAAACAGAUUUCAGUGU